GACAAUUUCCCUCGAUCUUCUCCAUCCUAUUUCCUCUGGGAAAAAAUGUGUGGGCUCUUCUUUGUCCUGGUGAUGUGCACAGCAGGUGUUUCUGCUUUCAGAUUCCAGCAAGUCAAAAGCACAGAAAACUGCCCAGAUCACACCGUGUUUUUCAAACACUACUAUGAACUGCAUGGAGAACCUGUGGUUCUGAAAUGCCCUUCCCCCAGAUACAAACAUUUGGAUUUUUCUGCCUUGACCCCUAAUAUCACAUGGUAUAAAAACGGUUCAAAAAACAUGAUAUCAGGAAGAGAAGAAGAUCCAAGAAUCUGGGCAAAAGGAGAUGCCCUCUGGUUUUUACCAGCAAUGCUAGAAGACUCAGGAGUAUAUAUCUGCACCAGAAGGAACUCCUCCUACUGUGCCGAGGUCUCCAUCCACCUCACAGUCGUGGAGAAAACAGCUGCUCGGGAGAUUGCAUAUCUCCAGGUCCUCUUCACUUUCACCUCCGGAAAGAUCGUGUGCCCUGACCUGUGGGAUUUUACACCAAAUAGGACAAGCUUGGAGCUCAAGUGGUACAAGGAUGCUCUGCCUUUGGAAGAUGACAAUGAAAAAUUCAUAAGUUUGAAAGGUUCAUCUUCUCUGAUCAUGACUUCUGUACUACCGACAGACGCUGGCUAUUACACCUGCAAGAUGUCAUUUCCGUUUGAAGGUGUAACAUAUGAAAUCACCAGAACAAUUCAUCUGGAGACUGUUG